AUGAACUCAGUAGAUUUAAUUGAAAGUGACUUUAAGCUCCUGUCUAAUGAACUUAAAAAGAGAAAUGCAGCUCUCAAAGAUUAAGUGGACAAAGCUAUCAAGAUAAUUCAAUCAUGCAAAGGACAAGAUUAGCAAGCAGUAAUUUAGACAGGAAUUAUUUCCAUUUUGACAAUGCUUAGGGAAGCUAGUGGCGAGAAUUCAGAUGAAAUGACUUAGAUCAAAAUUCUUCAAAUACUUCUAAUAUUCUUAAAUCCAAAUACAUUGAGAUUAUCAAAAGAAUUAGUGGAUUUGGUACUUUAAUGCAGUUUCUAAAUGUUCUACUCUAAGAGUAAUUCUGUAAAAUCCACAAUUCAAGCUACUCUUAGAUAGCUGUUUACCUUAGUUUUUGACAAACUUGUGAUCAAAUGUAAAGAAUUGGCUUAGAAUGAGGAUUUCUUUGACCAAAAGAGAAGGUUUUAUCUUUCAGUUGAAGAAAGAAGUAAAGCAAUAAACAGAAUAUAGUAGAUAGAAGGAGAAAUAAUCUUUAAGAUAACUUUGGACUUAAUUUCAAAUCUGAGCAGAUGUCUAUCUUAGCAGGACUAGGGAGACAAGAAAAAUAACAAUUAAACAUAAAAUAUUUGGAAUCUUGCUCCUUCAAUUAAUUCGAAGUGCAUGAUAAUGGACAUAAUUUGUUUGAUCCUGAACCAGACUUAAGAUAUAAUGCAGUUCUUCCCAGUUGUUUUGAGGAUAUUUGAUAAUGAGUUGAUUCCUGUGUUGGAAAAUAUGUAUAAGAGCAAGCAACCUUAAGAAUAUAUAAUUGGCAUGAGACUUAUGAAGUGUUCAAUCCUAAUUAUCAAUCAUUUAGGAAUUGGUGUAAACCUUUUUACCCAUAUUCUGGCUGAAACUGACAAUUUCCUCGCAAGCAAUAAAGGAAAGUAAAGCAGUGAUACUUAAGCUAAUAUGAAUCUCAACUGGAAGAGCUUAAUUGGAUUUGAAUGUGUUGCCAUCGCAUUAAACAACCCAAUGCUGAUCAGAGUUUUUGCAUAGUCUGCCCUCUAGGUAGCUUCUGAUAACUUAGAUCUUAGCGGAGACAAUAAUCAAAGGCAUAUGUUGAGUGCUCAUUAUUCUCAUUAAAAGACCCCUAAAUUCAUUGAAGCAUAAAUACAUGAGAAUGAGUUGGCUCCUCCGACACCUUCCUAGAUCCAUAAAUUAAUCAUCGAGGCUACUUGCUCCUUCGUCGACAACAUGAUAUUAAUCUUUGAUUAAUUUGGCUUGAAAAUUGGGGGAUCAAAAGGAUUAAAUUAAAAUUAGCAAUCCGCUGGCUUGGCCCAUAAAAUGCCAACUAGCACCUAAAAGUAAACUAUGAAUGAUAUUGAUUGCAAGGAUUUACUCUUACUUUCAUGGAAGCCUUUGCUCUAAGUGCUUUAAAAUUUGCUAAGACUUACUAAUGAAGAGUCAAACAUUCAGCUUCUAUUGAAUUGCUAUCAGAAUUUCAUUGGAGUUUGUGGUUCAGUUCAAUGCUACGAGCCAAGAGAUGGAUUUUUAGAAUCACUUUGCAGUUUCUGCCUCACUGAGAAUGUCACUCAGAUAUUAUCCAACAAGUAGGGAUAAUAAGUUAAGCAAGAUUAGUUCUAAAAAGAGCAUGUACUGACUGACAAAAAUGUAUAGAUUUGCAAAACUCUGCUAAAUAUUGCUCACUGCUUAGGAUACAUUCUUGAUGUUAAAUCAUGGUAUAUAAUAUUAGAGACUAUGUAGAAAAUAGAAACUGUGAUAAAAAAUCGCAUCAAGUCUAAGGGCAAAGCAGUUGCAGUUAUGGGAAAUACUCCUAGUUAGCCUAUGGUUAAUUCUAGCGGGAAUUAAACCGUCGUUGAUUUUAAUGAGAUUAAGAUAAAGGUCCAAGAAAAAAUGAAGGAGUACAAUAUAGUUGAAAGAUAUAGUAUUCAACAAAAACAAUAGAAAACCUCAAAUAUAUAGGAGGAAAGAAAAGGCGAUCACGAGGAAAGGAAAGAAGGAAUUUAAUAGGUAAAUGCUUAGAAUAGAUUAUCCGUUACUGCAAAGAGAGGUAGUAUCCAAGAUAGUGCUCAGAAGUAAAGUUAGACUCAUCACCAAAGAAUUAGUAGCACUGCUAAUAAAGCCUCUAACAAUUUAACUAUGAGUUCUGAUUCUUAACUCCCAAGUUAGAAGGACACUAAGUAUAAUCCGUCUUAAUAUGAAAGUACAAUGGUUUAGCAUCAUCAGUCUUUCGAAUAAAUGAAUACUGAUUUGCAAAUACUUCAAGACUCCUUUGACUCACUCUUUACAUCAUCUUACAUGUUUGAUAAUCAGUCAUUAGCAGAACUGAUUACUUCUCUUGGGCAGCUAACUAUUGGAGUCUUAGAAAAUUUUAAUACUAAUAAAAAGUCUACUGGUAAUAAUAUAAUUAGUGGUUCCGGCUAAGAUAAAGCAGUUAGAGGAGUAUCUCAAAAACCACAACCUAAUGAGGGAGAUAUCCUAGCAAAUAUCAACAAUUUCGCAAUCACAAGAUUAGUAGAAACUGCAUUGGUUAACAUCUCAAGAAUAGAAUAGAUUUGGAAAAUUUUAAUUGCUCACUUUCAAAUUCUCUCAGAGUGCAAAGUUUAAACUCUAAGAAAGGAUAAGAAGUAAUAAGAUGCAAAAGGCAAUAAUCCAUUCACUAACAUCUAAUCUCCAUCAAGAAAGAGUGCAUCUAAAGUAAAGAAAUCAAUAGGAUCAUCAGGUGAUGAUGUUGAUCAAGAUCUUGAUUGCGAUGUUGACGAAAACUGGUCUGGAACUUAUUGGUAAUAUACUGUUCUAACUCCAUUUUCCGAUUAACUGAAAUCAUCUCACCAAUCUAACAACAUUUUGACACUUAAUGGAAUUAAGAAAAUAAUAUAGACAUGUGGUUAACAGCUGAAAGACGAAGGCUGGAGAAGAAUCAUACUGACUAUUUCUCAAAGCUCUGAAUACUAUGAGAAUGAAGAAAUUUUAUCUACAGGCUUCAAAUGUCUUCAACUUAUAGUGAGUAACUAUAUUGACAAGUUGAGUCAAGAGAAUUUCAUAAGUAUCCUGCAUGGUAUCCAUAAAUAUGCUUCAAAUGACGGAGAUAACAUUAACAAUAAUUUGAUUUCAGUUGGUAUGCUAUAAAACAUCGCAGACUACACAGGUAAAAUGAUCGUUAAAGAAAUGAAUUAAAGUCAGAAGGACAAUAAACAAACAUUUAAUGCUUAAAGAAUAUGGAGUAUCUUAUUUGAAAAAGCCCAAGAUCUUGGUGGAAAUCACAGAGCUGAAAUUAGAAGAGCCAAUAUCUUUACACUCGAAAACAUUAUAAUGACUCAUGGAUAACUUUUGUCAGAUGAAGUUUGGAAUACUAUCUUGAGAAAUAACCUUCUAAAUAUGCUUAGAAAUAGUAUUGGAAUGUAUGUUGAGUAAAGAGGAGGAGUUUCAAAUAAGGGCAAAACCUAAUUGUUUGAAGCUGGUCUACCAACGCCAAGUUUUUCCUCUGGAGGUUGGGAGACUAAGAAAAGAGGAGGAGCAGGAGGCGCCUAAGCUAGAAGAAUGAAGUUUGAUGAAGAAGCAGUAAAAGCCCUCCAAAAGAAUAACGAUGAAUAAUGGGAAGAAACUUGUAUCUUACUUGUUCAAACAGUUCUGAGAAGUAUUAAGAAUUCUGAAUUGACAGAUUUUGCUUGGAUAAAUUCAAUCAACAUCAUUAAUGAAAUGAUCAAGAAUGGAUCUUAGGAGAUUUGCUCAACUAUAUAUAAAGCUCUGGAAGAUCUACUGACUCAACCUAACUGUGUUGAUCUCUUCAUGAAUAACAUUAAGGACAGCUUCAAAAUAUUUGAAGCAACUUCAGAAUGGCUAAUGAAUGAAAAAUAGGAUCACAAUACCAUAAUAAGAAAGCCAUUGACAUUGAAACUUUGUCCAAUCAUUAUUCAAACUUUGAAUAAGAUCUACUCACAAGAGAACUUGCAAGAGAACCAAAUAAGAGCACCUUACCUUUAGAUAAUCAUUCCUAAAUAUGCUUAACUUGUAUUCUAGCUGAUGUUUAGAAUGAUGAAAAGUUCAAAGAACUCAAGUGAAGGAUUUUAAGGAAUGGGAGUCCCUCAUAAGUUACUUAAUGAAGAGAAAAUUACCUUUGAGUUUAUCGAGAAUUUAAAUGAUAUAGUCCGCAGAAAUGAUCAAACUCACUUACAUUACUUAAAGUUUCUGCUUCAGUUUACUGAAUAUGAUUAUCAAGAACCUCACUCUGAAGCCUUUAUAAGAAGAACUUUUAGUAUUCUUAAUUCUAUCAUCUUGAGAGGCAAAGUAACUAAUGACAUUUUGAGGCAAAUUCUUCCAAUUCUAUAUGAUAGAAUUGAAUACCUUAUUAAUCUUCGAUAUAAUAAUGAGGCAUGCAUGGCUUUAGUAUUCCCAUCUAAGGGUUCAUAAACUUUAUUUUAUACAGUUGGAUUGUAUGCUAUGCAUUUCAGUUCAUUCCUAAUUAAUUAAAAGCACUUCAAACUGAGAAUGAGUGCUCAUUACAAGCAAACUUAGGAGUAACAAAGAGGCCCAGCUUUCGGUUCAAGUAAUCCUGCCAAUAAUACAGGCUCUACAGGAGGUGGAUUCACUGGAUUAAAGUCUAAACUCACUUAAAACUAUAAUACACAGCAGCAGAAUUUAAACAGCGAUGAUUUCAUUGCUUCUAAUGAUAUUAUGUUUGCAGAGUAGCUUGAAUUCUCUAUAGUUGAUCCAGCGAUGAUAAACAUCCUUAAUCUAGAUGCUGAACUCAAAUAAUUAGUUUGGGAGAGAGUAAUACCUUUGGCAAGAAGCUAUCUGUUAUUUAAUCCAGAGAAAGUUUCUAAUCACAAUAAAGCAGUGGUUGAGGAUGUAGUAAAAAGUAGUUAGGAUCUUGAUAUGCAAGUAAUGAACUUUAUAACCAAUAGUUUACUUCCAAAUUGUAGCGAUGUGAAUGAUAAGGAGUUUCAGCAAAGCCUAGUUAAUAUAAUUGAUAAUGGCUGCAAUUCAGUUUAUUCUAGUUAACGAUUAUCAUAAGGCACAAAUACUUCAACUGGCGGGGCUUUUGGAAAUUCUCUGUCAAAGUUCUGUUUGAAUAAUCUCUUUGAACUGUGUAGAUUCUAGUUGUUUAAAGUCCAACAAGCAUAAUAAGAUGAUGAUAUUCCUGAUCAAAAUGCUUAGAAAAGAAUCUAUGAUAUCAGGAGAAAAAUAGCAACAAUUACUACACCAGUAUUGAUAAAUAGAUGCAGAGAUACCCUGAAAAAGUAUGUGAGUGAUGAAUAAAAGAGUGGAACUACGACAAUGCUUAGAUAAAGAGUAUCCGAGGUCGUAUUUAUACUUGAAAAAUUAAGACUUUUGGACUGCUACCCAGAAGUCUAGCCUCAAUAAUACAAGAGCAAGAAAGGUCAUUUGGUUUAACUAAUGCCUAUUUUUGCUGAUUUAGUUCUAAGCAAUGAAGUUAGUCUCAAAGAGCAUCUUAGAAUGAUAUUUUUAGAUAUUUCAGAAUCAAUCGCUUAGCAAGUCUAAAUGAGUGCAGGAAUGUCAGAGGAGGAGAGCAAAAUAGGAGAUUCAAGUGGAGGAGAAUUCUGA